AUCUCGUUGCGUCAGAGUGAAGAAUGUCAUCGUAUCUAGGUUUUUUGUGAUGUCAAAUCCCACGCUUUAAAUUCACAGUUAGUUCAUGAUCUCUGGCUAAUAAUUCAAAUCAAGUAGAAGUGGAGGUUAAGGGAAGUGUAGGCUAUUGUAGAUGGAGAAGGGGAACCUUUUGAAUACCCAAAUUCGGUUCAGAAAGUGCAAUGCGCAGUGAAGGAGGAUUUCGAACUUUAUCGCGACAAGAAACGCAAGUUCGAUGGAGCAUAGCUAAGAAGAGAUUGAUAUAUUUCGUAUUAAAUGGAGAAAUCAGAUAAAAGAAGCAACAACAGUAACGUGCGCAUUCCCUACUUGUCCCUGGAGAUUAUAUCAGAAAUAUUAUGCAAGCUUCCUAUCGACUCAAUCCUACGCUGCAGAUGUGUCUGCAAGGCCUGGUGUUACUUAACAAAAAAUCCCACCUUCAUCGAGCAGCUUUUGGAUAGCAGCGUUGACAAGCAACCGGGGCUUAUCCUUGAACCGUUUUGUGCGGAUGACUCCACACAACCGUUUCUUUUGGUGGAUAUCGAGGGACGCAGGGUCAGACAGAUUCACAUUGAUCCGCUAAAAGGACUUCGGGCUAUGGGCACUUGCCGAGGAUUGCUAUGUGUAGGUUCUCCAUCAGCUCUUGAUCCUGUUUUUGUUUGCAAUCCCAUAACGAGGGAGUACAGAAGAUUGCCAACAUCAGGAGAAACAGAUAUUGGCGGUCAUGAAGUUGGACUCGGUUUCGAUCCUUCAGCAGGAAAGUACAAAGUUCUGCGGACAUAUGUUAAUGAAGGAAGAAGGUUCUUCGAAGUGACUACAUUGGGAGAGAGUUCGUGGAGGAGAUUGGAUGUACCUGACGGUUGGCAGGCAUAUUUUGUAUAUCAACCGAUAUUCUGGAACGGGGCCAUUCACUGGAGAACCUCUAGAAAAGGACGCGACUUCAUCAUAUCAUUUGAUGUACGUCAUGAGAAGUUUCGGAUGAUUUCAUUUCCCAAAGAUGUGCACGACUUUGACAGCAGGCCACAUGCCAAAGAUGUUGGCCAAUUCGGCCUCGGAGUACGCCGCAACAAUAAUGAUCAAUUGCUCCUACCCCCCGAAGUUUUUGUCCCUGAUGGGUAUGGCCGCCUCAGGCUAAGGAUUGAACCUAAGGAACUUGAGCUGCUAGGAUUCAGAAGAUGCUUGACUAUAGUAGAACAUCAUAACGAGUGGAUGAGACUGUGGGAAGUGACAGGGGACAAGCUCGAAGACCUUUCCAUCAGCUUUUGGGAUGAACAUGAUACUCACGUGCGGUGGAAUCCCUACAUGACUUAUGCAGUCAUCAAUAGGUUGAGCGAGGAAUGUUAUCUUUUGCGGGUAAGUGCUUGCUACGGUAACCCUUUCAACAGAAAAAUGCACUUCACUUAUUUCUUCCCGAAAAGGGUGAGUUACCAGCCGCUGGACAUCCCUGGCCUCCCUCCGAUGUUCAGGACGGUUCGCGGUUAUGAGCCUAGCCUCGUAUCACCUGAAACUGUGUGA